GUUUGGUUGUUUCCCAACACUGGCCCUGGCUAGAUCGGCGCUGCACGUAAAUAAAGUUUAGUCCGUAACUUUAUUAAUUGCUUAUCGCGGAGGCAAACAAGUUGAUCGUUUAUGGCUGUACACUUUCGAAACGGACGUCGUCAUAGCCGAUACCUAGUCUUGGAGGAUCCGGAGGAGCAAUGGGCAAGGAUCAGCACUUGCUGGAGGCAUCGCGAGGCGGCGACAUUAAGACGGUGGACAAGCUGCUGGAGCACUCGAGCAAACGUCAUGGGCCGCUGUCCAGCUUUCGACGCAGUCCCAGCAUCAAUUGCCAGGACAUGAAUGGAUAUACCUCGCUGCACCACGCCUGUCUGAACGGCCAUAGUAACAUUGUGCGGCUUCUCCUAUCCCACAACGCUUUAUUGGAUGUUCCCGAUAUCCGGGGCUCUACGCCCCUUUUCCUGGCCGCCUGGGCGGGCCACCAGGACAUCGUCAAGAUGCUGCUGAUGCAUACUCCCACUGGUGCCAAUCCCAACGCCCAGACCAUCGAGAACGAGACGCCCCUGCACUCGGGAGCCCAGCAUGGUCACAAUGCCGUGGUGGCCAUACUGCUGUCCUAUGGCGCCGAUCCCGCUAUACGCAACAAUAGCUUUCAAACAGCUCUGGAUUUGGCUGCCCAGUUUGGCCGCCUGCAGGUGGUGCAGACCCUGCUGCGCGUUUAUCCCGACUUGAUAUUGCCAUACAGGCGAUUUGAGGCGGAAGAGGAGGAGCUGCUGGGCUCGCCCAUCAAGCACAUCUUCACGCAUACUUGCCUGCACCUGGCCAGCCGGAAUGGGCACAAGAAGGUGGUGGAAACGCUGCUGGCAGCCGGCGUCGAUGUUAAUAUACUCACCCACGCGGGCAGCGCCCUCCACGAGGCCGCUCUCUGUGGCAAAAAGUCCGUGGUGGUAACUCUGCUCAAGGCCGGGAUCUACGUGUACGCCACCGAUGGGAACGGACGCACAGCCCUGGACAUUCUCUCAGAUUAUCCGCCACAUGUGACCUACGACAUUGUGGGCGCCAUCACCGAGUUCACCCAAGCAGCGAGGGAAAUGCAGAAGCCAGUUGUUGUGGAAAACGGCACACAGUCGCUGCCGAAGCGGUUGUACGAGAAGAACUCGCAGCGACUGAGGCUGCCGCCCAGGCAGAGGAAAAAGCCAGAUCAUCAAGUCAACGGACUUUCGCACUCUUUAAGCUCGCUGGACGUUUUCGGCAAGACGCCGGAGAACUACCUACCAAUGAAGCCCAUUGUGCAGCAGAGGUCCUGCGACAACAUGGACGACAUUCGGUCGGAUGGCGGAGAUCUGUGGAUCAGCUACAAGCCGGUGUAUAAGCAACCCGUCCUGCCCAGCUUUCGGACUGGCAACGAUAUCUCCAACGGAUCGGUCCCUUCGAGAUCGUAUGAGUACAUUAAUCUGCUGAAGAACGACUCCACCAGCGACGAUAACUCAGCCAGCACCAGUAACAACUCAGCGGUGCGUCAACCAGCGGUGGCUUCGUAUGUGGAGAUGACGCUGCCGGCUCCUCCAGUUCCUAAACCACGCACUCGAAUAAACGGCGAAUACAACGACUAUGCGAAUCUGGUGCCAAUAGAAGAAGACAGUGGCGCGACAUCUGUGGAUAAUAACAAUAACAAUAAUGGUAAUGGCAGCAAACUGCGAUUGGUUCGACAUUCACCCACGCCGGAUUAUCCGCCACCCACGGUGACAGAGGCGGAGCGCACAAUCUUUGACUUCAUGCAGCCGGCUACGCUGCGGAAAGAUAGCUUACUGGAGUCGGGGGAAUCCCCGCGGACCACCAACUCGAUGGGUUCCGACCUGGUGGAGGAGUACGUGGCUGAUAAUCCCUUCGCUGGACUCUUUAAGGGAUCCACUUUAAACUUGUCCUCGGAUGUGGUGGAUGGCAAAGGAUCUGGGCCAGGGGAUCGGGAGUUUCUGCGAUCGCCCAGCAUGGUGAGGUCGGCACAUGCCCAAAACCAUCGACGUAGCCUGUCCAGGCAGAGAUGCUCUGCAUUGGGAGAGGACUUUAGCGCCUCUCGAGAGUGGGCCGAGAUCGAAACCAUUUUUGAGAACAUUGGCACCGAAGUGUCUACGGUGGAUCAGGCCGAGGAGUUGAUCAAAGACCAGCCAAGUCUGUCCUUGGAAGAUUCUCGACAGUCCUUGCACAUACGGGAUCCGGUUGAAUUGCUGCUGGGCAGAAAACAGGGCUCCGCUUCCAACUGGUGUCACUCGCCAUACACACUGAUCUAUGGCGAAAUUCGAUAUUCUCUGUUUUAUCUAGGCUCGACUGUAAUUCGCAAGUUGCAGGGCACCCUUUCAACACGCAAAUCCAUCCUAAAACUGAAGAUCGAUGAGACCAUGAAGUCGGCGGCGAGUGUCAGUGAUUUCAGUUUGCUCGAAAACUGCACCACUUCCACAAAGUAUCUGAAAGCUGCUAAUCUCCCGACGCGCCUGAAUGUGGACAUUGCUGUCUCCUGCGUCGGCGUCAAGUUCAUAGAUCAUGAGAAAAAGACUGCAUUUUGCUGCCAUGACAUUGAGAACAUCAAUUGUGUGUGCCAGGACUCGGAAGAUAUGCGCUACUUUGCCUACAUAACCAAAGAGCAGAAUCUGCAUUAUUGUCACGUAUUUAUGGUGGAUAGCUUGGAGCUGGCCAAGGAAAUCAUUAUGACUCUGGGACAGGCCUUUGAGGUGGCCUACCAGUUAGCUGUGAGCAGAUAGGGCGCGCCCUUAAACAAAGAGUGCUAAGCCAUGGAAGUGCCACAACUGCCACCGAGCGGUGUUUAUUAUUUAUUUCAUUGCAUUUCACGUGUAAAUGUUUUUUUCAUUUGCUAGUCGUUGAUGCCAUCUCGAUGCAGGCUUUGCUUCACAAAAAGCAGCUCACAUGUUAAGUAUUUGAGAGUUUUUAAAUAAAUUUAUAUCGAAUUAUCA